AUGAGCGCUCAUCAGCCAGAAGUGAUUAGCUUGCUCAGCUCAUCACCCAUUCCAGAAGAACAUUCUAACCAUAAGCAUGAUGAAUCCCUACCUGAAUUCGACACAAGCGCGUCGCUCGUAGACAAUGUACAGGUCGAACAUGCACGAGUCUCAGACGGAAAUGACUAUCCUUCGCCAUACACUGCGACGAUUCCCAACAUACUUGCUUGCGAUGCGGCUGGAGCCAGAAAGAGUUUACCAAGGCUACCGGUUGUACGAAAAUUCAAGCAAGAUCAGUACACGAGUGUGCUCGAGCACGACCUAGCAGUGACGAAGACGAAGCUGGCUCAAGCUAAUUACAAGAUCCUGGAAAUGGAGCGGACGCAGGAGGAGCUGAUGCGACUGAAGGAUGAGCUGGAGAUAGAGGUGCAUGCAUUGAGGGAAAGCCAUCCACAAUCUUCGACUCCCGCAAACAUGGGACAAUGGCCUGGCUUCCCAGUGACCCAAUCAAAGCAACCUCAGUUCGUGGCGCCACAACCGAUUUGGUAUCAGCCCAAUCUAACGAUGCAAUCACCACAAUAUUCGGCACGGCCAGCAAGCCCAUCACCAUACGCCAACGUUUGGACAGUCGCGCCGCCAGCCGCAGUCGGGAACGAGUAUAGACCUUCUCCGCAGUCCUUCAGUCAGCCUGGGAGAAACAGAUAG